AUGGAGGAUGUGAAGCAUAAGUCCAGGAAGGAAGAGGAUUCCAAAAGGAGUCACCGUGAGAGGAAUGGAGAUAGGCACCGCAGCAGCAGGCGAUCGGAGAGGGAGAAGAGUGUUGAUUCGGACAGCAAGUAUGAGAGGGAGAGGGAGAAGGAUAAGGAUAAGGAUAGAGAGAAGCGUAGUAAGGAGAAGGAUCGCAGAAGUAAGGAUGAUGGUAAAGAAAGGCAUGGCAAAGAUAGGAAGAGGGACCGGGAUGGAGAAGAGAAAGACCGGGAUAGGGAUCGUGAUCGGGAGAAGAAGGAGAAGAGGAAAAGGGAGAAGGUGAAGGAACACGAAAGGGAAGAGCGAGAGAAGAAGGAAAGGGACAGAAAGGGGGAGCGGGGUAAGGAAGAAAAAGAGAGGGAGAAGAAGGAUAGAGAGAAAGAAAGGAGGAGGAGGGAGAAGCACAGAGGGUAUAGUAGUAGCGAUGAUAGCGAUAAUGAUGAUACUAAGGUGGAUCAUCGUGAUAAGAAGAGGCGGAAAAAAGAGGCAGAAGAUCACAAGGAGAGAACACGAGAAGUUAGCAAGUCGAGCAAGCGCAAGGAUGACAGUGACGGUAGUGGGAGCUCUCCACCGAGAAAGGUUGCUGCUGCUGCUGUUGAUGUUCAGGAAGUUAAGGAAAGUGGUAAAACUCGAGAGGAGGAAUUAGAGGAUGAGCAGAAGAGGUUGGAUGAUGAGAUGGAGAAAAGAAGGAGAAGAGUCCAAGAGUGGCAAGAACUGAAGAGGAAGAAGGAAGAGUCCGAGCGUGAAAAGCUGGGGGAAUCAGGUCCGACAGACGAGCUGAAAUCAGGUAAAACCUGGACUCUCGAGGGAGAAUCUGAUGAUGAAGAUGCCAUGGGGAAAUCGGAUACUGAAAUGGAUGUGGAUGAUAAUUCAAAACCUGAUGGAGAAACUGAAGAUGCAAUGGCUGUAGAUGCUCAAGAAGAAGAUGAUUCAGCAGUAGCUCCUGCUGCUGCUGCUGCAGCAACAGAAGCCCCUCCUGUUGAGGAGGAUGAAGAUAUUGACCCCCUCGACGCUUUCAUGAACAACAUGGUUUUACCAGAAGUGGAGAAGCUCAAUAGUGCAGCUGUUAGUGACAAUAACGGGGUCGAUCUUGGCAAGAAAGAUGUGAAGACGGAAGCAAAGAACAAUGGAGAACAGUCGAAGAAGGGGUCAAAGAAAUCAUUAGGAAGAAUCAUUCAAGGGGAGGAUUCCGACUCGGAUUAUGGGGACGUUGAUAAUGAUGAGAAAGCUUCUGAAGAUGAAGAUGAUGAAGAGUUCAUCAAGAGGGUAAAGAAGACAAAAGCUGAGAAGUUGUCCCUCGUCGAUCACUCCAAAAUUGAUUACAAGCCAUUCAGGAAAAACUUCUACAUCGAGGUGAAGGAGAUCUCGAGAAUGACUCCAGAGGAGGUUUCUGCUCAUAGAAAAGAGUUAGAACUCAAGAUACAUGGCAAAGACGUGCCUAAACCAAUCAAGACAUGGCACCAAACUGGUCUGACCACCAAAAUCAUGGACACUAUCAGGAAACUCAACUUCGAGAAGCCGAUGUCGAUUCAAGCUCAAGCACUUCCAGUGAUCAUGAGUGGCCGGGACUGCAUCGGAAUUGCCAAGACCGGUUCCGGCAAGACCCUAGCUUUUGUCCUUCCUAUGUUGAGACAUAUUAAGGAUCAACCGCCUGUUGAAGCUGGAGAUGGCCCUGUCGGGAUGAUAAUGGCACCCACGAGAGAGCUCGUGCAGCAGAUACACAGUGAUAUCAGAAAGUUUACAAAACCUCUCGGGUUGAGAUGCGUGCCUGUGUACGGAGGUUCCGGUGUUGCCCAGCAAAUCAGCGAGUUGAAGCGUGGGACUGAGAUUGUCGUCUGCACUCCAGGUCGGAUGAUCGACAUACUCUGCACGAGCGGCGGGAAGAUCACAAAUCUCCGGAGGGUGACGUAUUUAGUCAUGGAUGAAGCUGACCGAAUGUUCGACAUGGGAUUUGAACCUCAGAUCACGAGAAUUGUUCAGAACAUUCGCCCCGAUCGGCAAACUGUUCUCUUCUCUGCCACUUUUCCAAGGCAGGUCGAGAUUUUGGCUCGGAAGGUUCUAAACAAACCAGUCGAGAUUCAGGUUGGCGGUAGGAGCGUGGUGAACAAGGACAUUACCCAGCUUGUCGAGAUUCGACCAGAAAAUGAACGUAUCUUCAGACUGCUGGAGCUUCUUGGGGAAUGGUAUGACAAGGGGAAGAUUCUAGUGUUCGUCCAGUCACAGGACAAGUGCGAUAUGUUAUACAAAGAAAUGAUGAACGUGUAUCGCUACCCUUGUCUCUCUCUUCACGGAGCUAAAGACCAGACUGACAGAGAAUCAACGAUCUCGGACUUCAAGAACAACGUCUGCAAUUUGUUGGUCGCAACAAGUAUUGCUGCUCGUGGAUUGGACGUCAAGGAUCUUGAAUUGGUGGUCAAUUAUGACGCUCCAAACCACUACGAGGAUUAUGUCCACCGGGUUGGUCGAACUGGUAGAGCUGGCAAGAAGGGAUGUGCGGUGACAUUCAUAUCAGAGGACGAUGCUAAAUAUGCGCCAGACCUUGUGAAGGCCCUGGAACUGUCAGAGCAAGUUGUGCCAGAUGAUUUGAAAGCUCUUGCAGAUGGUUUCAUGGCAAAGGUGAAUCAAGGGCUCGAGCAGGCGCAUGGAACUGGUUAUGGCGGGAGUGGAUUCAAGUUUAAUGAAGAGGAAGAUGAGAAGAGGAUGGCGGCUAAGAAAGCACAGGCAAAGGAGUACGGUUUCGAGGAAGACAAGUCUGAUUCGGAAGAUGAGGAUGAAGGGAUUCGAAAGACGGGGAAUAACGAUCUCGGCCAGCUUCAGGCUGCUCGUGCUCAGCAGAUGGCAGCCCUUGCAGUUGCUUCUGUCCCACCACCUGCCCAGCUACUAUCUGCCGGCGGUGUUCCUGCUGCAGCAGCAGAUGGGAUGGCGAGAGCACAGGCGUUGGCUGCUGCCAGGAACUUGCAGCAGAACCUGUUGAAGCUGCAAGCUGAUGCUUUGCCCGAGCAUUACGAGGCUGAGCUGGAGAUCAACGAUUUCCCACAGAACGCUCGGUGGAAGGUGACCCACAAGGAGACGUUGGGUCCGAUUUCAGAGUGGACCGGAGCUGCCAUCACCACCAGAGGGCAGUACUUCGGACAGGGGCGGGUACCAGGUCCUGGAGAACGGAAGCUGUACUUGUUCAUCGAAGGCCCGAACGAGGUGUCAGUGAAGAGAGCCAAGGCAGACUUGAAGCGCGUCCUGGAAGAGAUCACCAGCCAGGGAUUCUCUGUUCCUGGUGGCGCUCAAACUGGCAGAUACUCGGUCGUCUAA